AUGUCCUUGGCCUCGGCUCUGCGCGUGGCUCUGGCCGCCCUGGCCGUCGGGCAAAUUCUUGCUGAGAGAUCCGACGACACAUCCCUGAUACAGCAGCCAGCGGCGAGACCGAGUUGCCGCAUUUUUCGAGGCGCCGAGAGAGGCGAUGAGAUAGCGUAUUCGGCUUGGAGCUCCCACAACUGGGGGAACUUGCUCUCAGAGUUUUGGGAGGUUCGCGCCAAGGCGGCUCUCUGGGGAAAGUCUUUCAGGACUUCCAACAUCGCCACGUGGAAAGGGACAUGGCUCCGAUACCUUCCAGAGCAAGCGCCUCCCGCUGCAGAAUACAAGGACUGGAAGGCCCUCCAGCAGAUUUGCGACGCAAAGUGCCAGUCUCCCAUGUUUCCACACAAGUGCGUAGGCUCAUGGACGCGUGUCCGAGGCUUGAUCAUCAAGGAAACCCAGGAGGCUCUCCAGACGUACAGCCAGAAGGAGCAUGCAGCCCUUCCCCAAGCAUAUUCCCUGACAGAUGUGGUGGUGCACUUGAGAUGGGAGCUCGGCCACCAGCAGAUGUCCUGGCCAGGGAGAUCAUUCUUUGAAGGACGACUUCCCAAGGACCCAGCCCAGAAGGUCACCAUCGUACAUCAGCCGACUUCGCCCCCAUAUGAGUCAAUCUUAGCCAUGUACAAGAAGCUGCUCAAGGACGUCUGCGGAGGUUGCCAAGUGGAGGAGCAGACGACCACGCAGUUCAACGACUUCGCCACCUUAGCUUUGGCUCCGACUGUUUUCUGUGCAGCUCGAUGUUUUCUGACUUUGGCUAGGAACCAUAAUAUAAGCACGUGCUAUUUGUAG